CGACAAGCAAUCGAGAUCUCCUUGCGGAUGAAGUGCGCCUUUUGCAAUGUCGGCUCUCGUGGCGACUUGCAGCCACUGGUGGCCUUGGCAUUGGGAUUUCAAGCCAAAGGUUGGGAUGUCGUCGUGAUCUCAGAGGAGCGCAACCGAGCCUUGGCAGAAUCCUUCAGCCUCAGCUUCCGUGCCAUCGCGGGGGAUUUGGCGGGCAUCGUGUUCGAGGAGGAACACGCAGAGAUGUUGGUCAAGGGGAGGUUGCUGAAGAUGAUUCAGGAGAUGGAGCGUCGGAAAAAGAUGUCGUGGGAUCAAGCAUUGAAAGACUGGGUGGAGACGACCCGCGACGUGCAACUCAUUGUGUCUGGCCCUCUCACCUGCAACGAAACCUAUUCUUUGGCUGAAAAGCUGGGCGUGCCAUGGGUCCCAGUGAUGUUUGGGCCCUAUUUCCCAACACGGGAGUUUCCGAACCCUUUUGUGAUGGAGUCUAACUGGUUCAGCUGGUUGAACUUGUUCUCAUUCAAUUUCUUUUGCUGGGCCAUGUGGCAGAAGCAAUCCUCCGAGACCAAUGCCUUCCGGGCAGAGUUGGGGCUGGAGCCUUUGCUUUGCCGGAGGGGCAUGUUGAGUGUUGUGGAGGAGAAGGAGCUGCUAAUGAUUGGUGCUUUUCAUGAAAUCUUCAUCCCGACUCAAAGGGUUCCGGCAGAUUGGAAAUCUCACAUGUUAGUCCGGAACUUCCUCUUCGUUCCAAAAACGCCAGAGGAUUCCUUGGAUUUGGAGGUCCAGGAGUUUCUGGCCAAGUCUGAGGGCACUGGCGUCAUCUACCUAGGUCUUGGUUCCAUGCCCGCGCCGCCCAAGGAUCUCAUGGAGCUGGUGAGGAAGAUUGUCCAAACACUUGAGGUGAAAGCUGUUUUGUGUGCAGGCUGGUCAGGUGUUACGAACUCAGAGUUGGAGGAGAUUUUGGUGGUGAAAUCCUGUCCGCAUGAUCUCCUCUUCCCGAAGUGCAAGGUCAUCCUACAUCAUGCUGGGGUGGGAACCUGUGCAGCAGCACUACGUUCGGGAGUCCCAAGCGUUUGCCUUCCAGUGCUUAUGGAUCAGUUUUCAAAUGCCAAUCAGUUAGCCAAGCUGGGGGUGGCACCACCCUCCAUCCCCUUCAGGAACGUGCCAUCCUCCCAUGGUGCAGUUCUUGAGGCUGUCAGAUUUGCACUGGAAUCUGUCGAGAUGAUGGCGAAAGCCCAAGAAAUGUCUCGGAGACUGGAGGAGAGUGAUGGGACAGCGCUAUGUGUGGAGAAGAUCCUGCAGACCUACUUUGAGUAAAAAAAGUACAUGCACCAUCAUGCACCAGAUGGCUUGUCUCAAUAACAAAGGUGACCUCAACGCAUGUCCAUAUA